AUGUCCAACACUACCAGCCGCUUCUUCUCCUUCUCGGACGAGUUCAAGGAAUGGGCCAAGCAGGAGGAUGCCGUCAACAACCAGAUGAACAGCAAUUGGAUCCCCGCAUACAUAAUUAUCACCCUGAUCCCCAUCGGCUUCAUCAUCAGCGCAGCACUGGCCAGUCGCAAGGAGACAAAACGACAGGCCAGCGAGCGGGCUGCCAGGGCCGCGAGAAUAGGUGAGCUACUGCCUUCAUGGCUGCGCAACAUAAUGUUUACGACGCGGCGUGCUAACAGCGACUCUCAGGCGGCAACUGGGACUGAUGAGAACAUUAUCGGUUUGAGGGAUGUGGAAACAAGGCUCGCGAAGACGAGCACAAAGACAACGACAAUCACAGAGCCAGGGCCCACCCAUUCGAGGGACAGCAUAGCGUCAGACACGGGCGCCGUCAUUGCCGGCGGCGCCACGCACGGCACCGAUGAUGCGAGUCCAGCUCGGCGGCAGCUUAGGAACCCGGUCGGCGAGCAGUUCCGCCAGCAUUGGCAGAGACACGCCCAGCCCAGCGCAUCUAGCGCCCGGAGCAGACCGCGAGGGCGGACUAUCUGGCCGAGUUAUCUCGAGUAA